CUCCGAGACGGCAUCGGCACCAUAAUAGCGCAGCGCGGCGCCCUGCAAGCGUUGCAUUGCUCUGCGUGCGUGCGAGAGAGCGAGCGGCAGAGCGCGCGUGUUUACGCGCGUGUGCGUUGCAUUUUAAAACGGUCGUGUGUUUUUUUUUCAUCCGGCCCACGGCGUCUUGGCAGUCUCGGUCAUGGUGUGUCUGUAUUUUCCAUGAGCUUUUAGCCAAUUGGAAAAGAUUUAGUUUUUUUAAAGAUGUAUAGUCAGGGAAUUUUUUUUUGUAUUUAAUUAUUUUCGUGUAAAUAGCUUCCCCUCUCAUCCUCGCCGGUCACCCGGGUUACCUAACCCCUCCCUCCACCUAUUUUCGCGGAUGAGCCGAGCGUUCAGCGGGUAGAGCGAGAGAGGCCGCACGCCACUCCCUCCCUCCCUCCCUCUCCUCUCGCACGUCCGGCGUGGCGGUGUCGAAGCCCUCGAGCCAAGGCCGGCUGUCGAAUUGCCACAGGCCAUCUCUGCCGCUGCCACCGACGUCGCCAUCGCCAGCACUUUAUAUGGGCCCGGAAUGGUGAACACUUUGGAGGAAAGUGCCGCUGCUGGGAUAUUACGCAGCACCGAGCUGCUUCUGCCUUUGCCGCUGCUGCGUCCGUCGAUGUCCAGCUGCCCGGAGGUGGAUACCUCGCGUCUGCGUCUGCACUGAGGACCAAGAUUUUUCAGCCAAGAUUUCCCAAAGGGGUCCCCCCCCCCGCCACCCCAUAGUUGCGCUGCAGCAGAGGGCCAAGUGACGAGGUGUUUUCUAAAGCCGUCUUCCUCCGCAUUUUCUGUUCUCAUUCUACCUCCUUCCAUCCGCUCUUCUCUUCGUUUCAUCUGCGCUUCGCCUGGCACGGAACGCGGCUCGUUCCGGCAAGGUGUGGCCCUGCAAGGCACCCGACUCUGGUCGGCAGUCGCCCCCCAUCCAUCCAUCCAUCCGUCGGUCUAUCCGCCCGCACGCCCGCUUGCUGCCUGCCUUGAUUAUUGGCAAUUGCUGUCAUUAUUGCUCCUGCGUUUUAAUCUGCGGGAAGGAGCGCCGCGCCGUGCCUCCACCGCGGGGGCCCCCUGUACCCAGCUGGUUUCUGCGGGAGCAUGGAUGUGGGCUGGCCGGGCCUGAGCCGAGAGCCACGUUCGUCACGCUCACGCACUGACCGCAACAUAACAACAACAACAUAACGCCGACAACAUAACACCGGCGACGUGUUAUGCUGACGCCCAGUCUCCGCGUCAAUGGAAGAGGAUAUCGACUGCAGGAAGAUCAACGGCACUUUCCUUCGCAACCACAACUAUGUCACUGAAGCGGACAUAAUCUCCACAGUAGAGUUCAACCACACGGGAGAUCUCCUUGCGACGGGAGACAAGGGUGGCCGCGUCGUGAUCUUCCAGCGAGAACAGGAGAGCAAAAACCAGCCGCAGCACCGCGGAGAGUACAACGUCUACAGCACCUUCCAGAGCCACGAGCCCGAGUUCGACUACUUGAAGAGCUUGGAGAUCGAGGAGAAGAUCAACAAGAUCCGGUGGCUGCCGCAGCAGAAUGCGGCCCAGUUCCUGCUCUCCACAAAUGACAAGACGAUCAAGUUAUGGAAGAUAAGCGAGCGGGACAAGCGAGCCGAAGGCUACAACCUGAAGGAGGAGGAUGGGAGACUACGAGACCCCACCACCAUCACAGCUCUUCGUGUGCCUGUGCUGAAGCCCAUGGACCUGAUGGUGGAGGCGAGUCCACGGCGCAUCUUCGCGAACGCGCACACCUACCACAUCAACUCCAUCUCCGUAAACAGCGACAACGAGACGUACAUGUCCGCAGACGACCUCCGCAUCAACCUCUGGCACCUCGAGAUCACAGAUCGCAGCUUCAACAUUGUCGACAUCAAGCCGGCGAACAUGGAGGAGCUGACGGAGGUGAUCACGGCGGCCGAGUUCCACCCACUGCAGUGCAACAUGUUCGUCUAUAGCAGCAGCAAGGGCACCGUGCGGCUGUGCGACAUGCGUGCCUCGGCCCUCUGCGACCGCCACUCAAAACUGUUUGAGGAGCCCGAGGACCCCAGCAAUCGCUCAUUCUUCUCGGAGAUCAUCUCGUCCAUCUCCGACGUGAAGUUCAGCCACAGUGGGCGCUACAUGAUGACGCGCGAUUACCUCACGGUCAAAGUGUGGGACCUCAACAUGGAGACCCGGCCCAUCGAGACGUACCAGGUGCACGAGUACCUGAGGAGCAAGCUGUGCUCCUUGUACGAGAACGACUGCAUCUUCGACAAGUUUGAAUGUGCAUGGAACGGCACUGACAGCGUCAUCAUGACGGGGUCGUACAACAACUUCUUCCGCAUGUUCGAUCGAGGGACGCGACGGGACGUGACGCUGGAGGCGUCGCGCGAGAACAGCAAGCCGCGCGCCGUGCUCAAGCCGCGGCGCGUCUGCGCCGGCGCGGGCGGCGGCAAGCGCAAGAAGGACGAGAUCAGCGUGGACAGCCUCGACUUCAAUCGCAAGAUCCUGCACACGGCCUGGCACCCGAGCGAAAACAUCAUCGCCGUGGCCGCCACCAACAACCUGUACAUCUUCCAGGACAAGAUCAACUAGGGGGAGGGUCCCCCCCCGGCGUCGUCUUGGGGGUGCGCACGGCCGUAGGGACAGCCCACCAUUCACCUCCCCGCCACGCCGACACAACCUGCCUCCUCCUUCCCCUCCUCCCUUUCCCUCUGUCUUCGCCUUCUUCCUUCCCCUGACCCCCGAUCCUCGCUGCCGCCCACCCCCUACCCGCACCUUUCCCCCUCCACGUCCUGUGCCUCUCCUGCAAUUCAUCCCCCCCCCCCCCGUCCUCUUUGCCCUUUCUCCACACAAGCAAACCUUUUCAAACCCCCCCACCGCGCGCCCCCCCAAGCCCCGUCCCCCACCCGACCGGAAGUGCGCACGCUCGCGCCCCCGAAUCUGGGACGAGGUCACGGAAGGCAGGAGGUGCUGUGCCCCUGCGCGUUAAGCGUGCCUAGCCAAGAGGUUGCCCGCUUGGGCGGGGAGGGGUGGGGGGCAUCCGUGUGUGCGGGGGGCGGGGGGGCCCUUGCCCGCCGCUGCCUGGGCUCGCGGGUUGUGCCGGUUUUUUUGUAACAAAAAAUUUGGAACCGGUUUGUCUCUAAAACUUGGUUGAGGGGGGGGGGGGGGGGGCGAAUUGUGGUGAGAUGGCAAAAGUUGUGGGAUUGGCGGGCGGUGAGUGCCAGGUGAGUUUACCUGCCAAGCUCCCACGUGGUCCCGAGGAAUUGGCUCGGCAGUCACGUGCGCCACACGAUGAUCCGUGAGGAGUGGUUUGCGGGGGAGGGGAGCAGACGCGGUUUCGCUGUUGGAUUUUUCCAAAUUAUAAAUGCUUUCUUCGGUGACGUACGCAAAAUGAUAACUUUUGUUUUAGCGCGUUAGGUAAACAAAAAAAAGUGCAUUGACGUUGGAUAUGGCUCGCCCCCUUGCAGUCUUGCGAUGUCUCGGUUGACAUAAUUAUAUCACGUCUACGGUUUAAUUGUGAAUUGUGACUUGCAAGGGGAUUAAAACAAAAAAAACUAACAAGUUACGUUUUACGUAAUGUUUGUCACUUGUCUUUUUAAUUUUAUUACUUUAAAUAGUGUGCAUUUUUUUUGUUGCUUACUGUUUACAGGACCUAAAAUAAAAUCAAAAAGAAAAAAAAACGAAUUGGGGACAUGUCUUGAAUGUACCUUAGAGGUUAUUUGAAUUGCUUUUUGUCGCACCCAAAUUUGGGCCCUUUAAAGAUCGAAUCGGGCAGAGAAAAAUCAACGAACCAUACCAAAAUCCUUUACCUGCUGGGGGAUGAAAGCGAUGGGAAUUUUGCAGUAAUUUUUCAUACAAACGGGUCUUUCAACAGCAUGGAGGUGCAUGGGGGGGGGGAGGAGGGGGGGGGGAUGCAUCGUUUGUGACAUCUUGGGAGGGGCAGUCCAGCACAAGUGGUUCUUUAAUAUCAGUUUUUUUUCUGGGCCCUUUUUUUACAUUAUAAUUUUGGUCCCUCGUAUAUAAGCAGCAUUAACGAACAAAGCGAAAUAUCAUUUUCCACAUAAACAGAAUACUGUACACCAUAGCCUGUGGAUUAUGCAAAUGUUUGUGCGUUGUCUAUCUUAAUUCUGAAAAAAAAUAAAAAAAAUACACACACACAACUCCUGUGUUAGAGUAAUAAAGCCAGAACUGUCAGCUGCUUGUGCUGUGUUGUGUCUCACCUGACAGUUGUGUGAUAUCCCAGUUGGCAAAUGGACAGUGCAAUUAGAUUUACACACAAAAAAAAUGUGUCACUCCACAAUACUUAACGACAAAAAGAUCAGUACAGUACUGUAAAUUUACCGCACUAGCCAGUACGUGUGGAAGCAUUAUGCUUAUAUUAUGCUUUUGUUUUUUAGGCUGUAUCAUCUGUUUGCGUGGGUUUAAGAAAUGUGCCGUUACUGUGUUUUUUUUAAUUUGCUUGUCAUUCCAUUUCUGUGUUUUGGGUAUUCAUUCCAGCGAUGGUCAUCUGGCAUCUGUGGUCAAGAGCUGCAGCCAUAUAGGCGCUUCAAAACGUGGACAUUUUUGUUUGUUUGUUAUGUUGUUGGGUUGUGGUUGAUGGGCAUGACAAUGCCCUGCAUGGCACUCUUAAAAGGCUUGCCUCUACAUACAUGCAUGUGUUUUGAGCCGGAUAUGAACGUUGGCUGGCUCUGCAUAGGUUGUAACCCUUGCGUUAAAACAGAAUUGAUUGUUUUAAAACAAAUGAUUGAAAUAACUAAUAAGUAGAAUAACUCCCAGUAGAUUUAUUUUAACAUUUUCCCAGCCUUUAUACAUUUCUGGGCCAUGGUAAGUUGUAUACUCUCUUAUGGACUACGUACAUGCUGUGUACACGUGUGUAUAUUAUACAAGAUAUGCACAUAUGUGUGUACAAAUCCUGGCCAAGGUUAACUGUCUAUCGCUCUGGGGUCACUAAAUACGAUGACCACCUUGGUGAGGUUACACCACUCGGUAUGAAGUCAGCAGUGGUUAUCCUAUGCAGAGACUGAUCCCUGCCAUAGGAACAUGGGAUUUACACCACUUGCUCAGGACCGGCGACGGGAAUGAGUGCUGCCUAAAUGCUCGCGUGAACUUGGGGAUACUUUGACUUGACUAUAUUAUAUAUCUUGGUUUUUCUUUCUGAUGUGGUCUUCUUUGGGACUGUUAUUGACCGACCAAUUUCUCCCGAGAAAGGCUCAGAGAGGCAAAAAGAAAACACUAUUUAUACAUUAUCUUACGUACGUCACAUGCGUGUGGUUUCACACGUGGCCCAUCCCAUGUUGAGACGCCGCCUGCAUGUCGCAAACAUUUCGUGAAUAUUGUGUCGGCUCGGCCGUGGAGCCGGGGUAAGAUGCUUGUGGCAGCCACAUUGACGGGGAUAUACUGGCGGAGCACUAAUGGAUAGGGGGAAGACCAGAAAGGAAUAAUAACGGGGGGGGGAGGGAGGGAAACCGAGAUAAUGAACAGUCAUUUACUUUUUUUUCAGACGUCCUAAGUGUCUAUAUAUAAAAAAAAAAUGUUUAAAUAAACCUUUUUAACCAAGUAAGCACUGCUGUGUCGCGUAUAGAAGUCAAUAUAAAGAUGUGACUGUACUGUUACUUGCCAAAUGCUUGGAAAAAAAAUCUGAAAACAUAAAUGAAUGUGUACAUUUCUUUUCUUAAAAAAAAUGGUAUGUGUUAUGUCAAAGAAUCACUAGGUAAUAGGACUGCCUCAAUAAACGACAAUGUAUUAGGACACAGUAACUGUCUUUAUUUUAGCAUCAUGUUUUUUUUUUGCUGUGAAUAUCUUUGACUUACUGUAACAUACUGUAUUUCCAAAGGUUGCGGAUGAUUGUGGAUGGAGGCGUUUUUAUUCCCGACCUUGAGUCUGUGGCAGAAACGAAACACAAAAAAAACUGUACACUAAACGUUAGAGCACGCCGGCAGGGGAAAAUUCACACACACACUCCGGUUAUUAAUGCAAAGGUUGACAUUCCCUCUUUUAGCCACCAGAUCAAGAGCCCUACCUGUCACCACCAAAACCCACCUCCAAGCAUAGAUUGUGAUGUACAUGGUAGUCCAGCAAUUGGGCAACCUGGAAUUAAAUUUGAAAUAAACCCAGUUACUAUUGCUAA